ACGCUGGAGAACAAUAACAAAGAGGUAAUCCUGGCCCUGAACAAUCCACCGAGCAAUAGGAAGAAUGGCUGAAAAAGAGUCCACAUCCUCACAACUUCUAGUUCCCAUUCUUCUCUUGGUCGGCUGGAUUGUGGGCUGUGUCAUCAUGGUUUAUGUUGUUUUCUUUUAAAAAGGCAAGAAGACUUCAGAUUGACAUCAUUUAGAAGAAUUAAGAAAAGCAUGAACAUGAGAGAUUAUCAAAUGUUUCUCAUGUAAAUAUCUGCAAUGUUUGACAUCACUUUAUAAACUUGGAUUUGUAAACUGAUGCUUUGGUGUGUAUAAGAAUCUCUUCAGGAACUUGUUUAAAAUUCUGGUAC